GGACUUGUUUGUUACGGUGACGACAUAUCCGGUGUCAUGUCUGCUUCCGUAGCUAACUCGUGUCUUGAAUACUGAAGUUCUAUGUACACAUGGAUCAUACAUGUACCUUUAUCGUGAUGCGUUAGAUUGACAGGUUUUGGAUUUUAGUGUGUUAUUUCACUAUUUAAUCACAAGGACACGUGCGAUUUUUAAAACAUGGCAGAAGCAAUAUCGGAGAAAAGCCGUGGACUGACGUUUGCAGAGCAGCAAAUGCUUCGCCAUGGUUGGCAACCAGGGAAAGGUUUGGGACGCCACGAAGAUGGAAGGUCUGAACCAAUCAAAGUCAAAGUGAAAUGCGACAAAGGAGGGGUUGGUCAUAAGCUCGGUGAACAGUUUACCUUCAAUUGGUGGGACCAUGUCUUCAAUAAAGCUUCUUCAAAUUUGUCAGUUGAAGAUGGUCAGGAUGGGAUUUCGAUGAAGAAAGUUAAUGAUGAAGAAGAGAAUGGGAUGAUCUCCAACAAACGCCCACUCAAAGCCAAGCUGACCAAAGGCAUGCAGUAUGGUUGCUUUGUCAAGUCAGCUACUCUUCUGUGUGGACAAGAGCAGCCUGAGCAAAAAGCAUCAAGUUCAGAUGAUAGCAGUGACUCUGAGGACGAAGACCAGAAACUCGACCUCUCCUCUGCCACCAACUUGUCUGAUGCUGAACUGCUAAAAGUUUGUGGAGGAAGGACUGCUCACAAGGGAGCCAGACACGGGCUCACCAUGAGUGCCAAACUAGCGAGACUGGAGCAGCAAGAGCGGGAGUUUAUGGCCAAGUACGGCAAGAAGGAAUCAUCAGUGGGCCCUUGCACUGAAGCUACUACUGCCCCAGCUACCCAGAGCCCCAGCAAUGUAGACAGUGUCACUAAAAGGCCAAGCGCAAGAAAGACAAGCAAAAGAGCAUUGAGACUGAAGAGAUCCAGAACGGUGUUACAUGGAGAUAUAGAUGCCUCUGAGGUCACUGACUAUGGCAGGAGACAGAAGAAGAAAAAGAAGAAAAGUUCCAAAGAGCGAGGAGACACAGAUGCAGCAAAAACCCCUGUGGAAGCUUCUCUGGAGGACCAGAACACUGACGACACCCAGUCAAAGAAGAAGAAGAAGAAGAAGCAGCAGCCCAGCAACCAGGAAAUGGAGGAAUCAAACAAGAACGAGUGCCAGGAGGACUUCAGAGACGCCAUCAAUGUUGCGUCAACAGAAGAGGCCAUAGCUGAUCAGCCUGUAGACGCAGAUGGUGAACUUAAAAAGGCUUUGAAGAAGAAGCGCUCAAAGAAGAACUUAUCAGGGGUAGGAGAUGCUGCUGCAAAUGGACACCAUACAGACGCAACACAUGAGUGUGAAGAAAGCUGCGAGGUCAUUGCAGAAGUUGAGGAACAAUGUACUGUAGAUCUGCAACUAUGCAUAGAUGUGGACUCAAAAAAUAAUAAUAAGAAGAAGAAGCAGAAGAAAUCCUUGAAGACCAAAGAGGAUGUUCCCUCACUCUAUGAGGAAGGGACACAAAACGAACCCAGAGAGCAGGUUCCAGACGUCAAGGAAGGAGAAGAGAAAACAAAUAGGAAGAGCAAAGCGAAGAAAAGAAAAACGGACAGUGAAAAUGAACAUGGAUUUCCUCAUGGCGACUCCACUAAUAGUAAAAAAAGGGGAAAAAAAGGGAAAGAGGAAAGAUAAAAUCUUGCAAGUGACUGCUGAUUUCUGAUAAAUAGCCCUUGUUCUUAUUGUAGCCACAGUGCAGUGCAUUUGCACCAAUUAGUGGCCUCCAUCAAGGCCUUUUAUGGUAUUGAGGGGAGGUGUCAGUCAUGGACUAUUUAAUGGAUUAUCGCUCAUAAAUUGUACAGAUGACUGGACUGCUCUCAAUGAAGUGCCUUAGUGUUGCUAGGUAUUAUUUGGUGAACGAUUAAUUGAAAACUAUUUUUAAUGCCUUUGUUGGACAGUCAUGAUAUUUUCUGCUUAUGCCCAGAUAUUAAGAUGUUAUAAAUAUAUUGAAUGUGUUCUCGAUUUGAAAACGGCCUCUGGACAACACCACAUUACUACAACAUGACGUUACGUCAAGCUUCUGCACUCCUAUGAGUUGAUCCAUGUAUUGAUUUGUGAAAUCAUGAUGAAUUCUAGUAAUUUGUCAGAACUGAUAGAAGCACUGGUUUUUGGUGUUCCUGAGAAAUAUAAUCAUAGGAAGAAGUCCACUAUUUUAGUUCUAAUUCAGUGUACAAUGCCUUUUCCAGGAUACUUGACAUGUGUUGAUACUGGUACAAAAUGGCUUGAUUUAGCUGUGGCCUUAAGUAAAAUAAUGUUGACAUCUCUUUAUUAUUCUGUCUGACUUAUGUGAGAAACAGCAUUUCUUUUCUUAAAGAGCUGCAGGCCAACAGGGUGGAAACUUUACAACAGAGGUUCUCAAUGUUUUUAGGACCAAGGCACACCAAUGAUCGUACCAAAAUCCUCACUCAGAGAGUCAAAUAGUCCUCACUCCUUAAAUUGGUUGUUAGACAUUAUUGUUGGUUGUUAGACAUUUUUUUAUUGCUAGAGUAAGCAGGCAAUCACAACAUAUCCUAACAACCAGCAGUAAAUUAUCGGGCGAAAUGGAUCUCCGCUUCACAUUAUGAAAUCAAAGUAAGACCAGAAAAAAGAUGUAAAUCUCUGAAUGUGUAAAACCAUUUCAACUUACUAAGCUGUGCCAUUGAUGUUUUAAAAACAGAUUGUGUUCCUCAAAAUUCCACAGCGCCCCUCACUUUACCUCACGACACAUCAGUUGAGAACCACGGCUUUAGACCAUUGAAAUAAAUCAAUUUGCUAUUGAA